AUGCAACUUUCGGUCAGAAUAUUUCAACGCGGAAGACGUGAUUGGAUUUUUUUCGGGACAUCCCAGCCUACGUCAUUCCAAAACUUUUCUCCAAAGCUGGACUCGGUUUCGAAGAUAUUGAUGUAUUCGAAAUCCUUCGCUGGACAAGUUCUUGCCAAUCUGAAUGCUAUGGACAGUGAAUAUUUCUGCAAAGAACAAAUGAAACGAUCCGGAAAGUUUAGACGCCUUCCAAUGGAUAAACUCAAUCUUUGGGGAGGAUCUCUUUCAAUUGGACAUCCAUACACUGGAGUUCGUCUCGCAAAAGAGAAAGAACGAUAA